AUGGCGGAUGCCCCUGCAAUCUUCGAUUUUAGACGUCGACAAGAAGUGGCAGACUGGCUUCGACAAAAGACUCCUCACCAAUAUAUUUCAGAGUCUGAAACUCUAAUCGCUAAAAAGACAUUCACAACACCAGACGCAUCAGGCACAAUUGGACGACAAUUUUUUUUUGCCAUUAUCUGCUUGAAUGAUCCAUCAGGAAGAGUGAUUGGUGCUGCUGGAGUCAAUUCUCUUGUCCCAGCCCCGUCUAUUGGAUACACUCUCCAUCCUGACUUCUGGGGGAAGGGAUAUGCCACCGAGGCUGUUACUGCGAUUGUUGAUCAGUGGUGCAGAACAGUCCUCUUGGGCAAAACCACCAAGUUGAACGACAAAUCACAUAAAUUAAAUAACAAGACCAGGGCUGUGGAGGAUUCCCUGCUUGACUCCCUUGGCGGAAAGGCUACUGAGGAUCCCCAAGCCCGUAUUGAUACCGACUUGAUGGAUUCGGAGGCCGAUGUCAGAGAAGUGAUCAAGGCCAUGAAGGGAGUUAGUGUCACUCCGAUCAAAGAGAACGUUCCUGUUAAGGUCAUUGAGCGUGAAGGGGAACAGCUUGGAGGCAGAUUUGCUGAAGGACACUGGCGAUGA